AAAGUCGUCGCCUUCCUGUCUAGCCAGGUGAUUUUCCCGGUAUUUAAAACAGAGAGGUGUGACGGAGAAAAGCGGUGUGACAGCUUCCCGCGUGUAUUUGUGGCCGGAGAAGGCGUUUUCACCGAGUUAAGUACUAAUACGGAGCAUUUGACCUAACCUCUACAGCUGAAUCUCCUGAAUCCAGGAUAAGGAAAAAGUGCCUUCAGAACCAAUAUGUAGCAAAUGGGUAUCACACCUCUGAAGCUCCUCCCUUGGUUCAACACUUGCAUGUUUUAGGGAUCCUUGUUGCCUCAGCAGUGAAUUGUUCUUGUGGACUUCGGAAACGGAUUUCAUGUGGUGCUUGCUGAACACUGAGUCACCAUGAGUAGUAAUCUAGGAAAAGAAAAGGACUGUAAAGAGAAGGAUCCAAAAGUCCCAUCAUCAAAAGAAAGGGAGAAGGAGGCUAAAGCCUCUGGAGGAUUUGGGAAAGAGAGCAAAGAAAAGGAGCCUAAGACCAAAGGGAAAGAUGCCAAAGAUGGAAAGAAGGACUCCAGUAGCACGCAGCCUGGGGUAGCUUUUUCAGUGGACAAUACGAUAAAAAGACCUAAUCCAGCCACAGGUACUCGCAAAAAAUCCAGCAACGCUGAGGUGAUCAAAGAGCUAAAUAAAUGCCGGGAAGAGAAUUCUAUGCGCUUGGACUUGUCCAAGAGGUCUAUACACAUGCUUCCAUCAGCUGUCAAAGAGCUAACGCAGUUAACAGAACUUUAUUUAUACAGUAACAAACUGCAGUGCCUACCGGCAGAGGUGGGCUGUCUUGUGAACCUGGUGACACUGGCCCUGAGUGAGAACUCGCUCACCAGUUUGCCUGACUCUCUCGAUAACUUGAAGAAGCUGCGCAUGCUUGACCUGCGGCACAACAAACUGAGGGAGAUCCCGGCGGUGGUGUACAGGCUGGGCUCCCUCGCCACCCUUUACCUACGCUUUAAUCGUAUAACUACUGUGGAAAAGGAUAUCAAAAACUUGUCAAAACUCACCAUGCUUAGCAUACGGGAGAACAAAAUCAAGCAACUACCUGCUGAAAUUGGUGAGUUGUGUAACCUCAUAACGCUGGAUGUAGCGCACAAUCAGCUUGAACAUCUUCCUGAAGAGAUUGGAAGCUGCACACAGAUCACCAACCUUGAUUUGCAGCACAAUGAGCUCUUGGACCUGCCAGAAACCAUAGGAAAUCUGUCCAGUCUAAGUCGUCUUGGCCUGAGGUACAAUAGGCUGUCAGCAAUUCCGAAGUCUUUAGCAAAAUGCAGUGAACUUGAUGAACUGAACUUGGAGAACAACAACAUUUCCACUUUGCCAGAGGGUCUUUUAUCCAGCCUUGUCAAACUGACUAGUUUAACACUGGCCAGGAACUGCUUCCAGUCCUAUCCUGUGGGUGGCCCGUCCCAGUUCUCCACAAUCUACUCUCUCAAUAUGGAGCACAACCGCAUCAAUAAAAUCCCCUUUGGAAUUUUCUCUAGAGCUAAAGUAUUAAGUAAGCUGAACAUGAAGGACAAUCAGCUGACCUCUCUCCCCUUGGACUUCGGGACUUGGACUAGUAUGGUAGAACUGAACUUAGCGACUAAUCAGCUCACAAAAAUCCCUGAGGAUGUAUCUGGGCUUGUUUCUCUUGAGGUUCUUAUCUUGUCCAACAAUCUCCUAAAGAAACUUCCCCAUGGAAUUGGAAAUCUGCGGAAACUCCGAGAGUUAGAUCUAGAGGAAAACAAACUGGAAUCCUUGCCAAAUGAAAUAGCUUACCUCAAGGAUCUGCAGAAAUUGGUUCUGACUAACAAUCAGCUGACCACCCUUCCCAGAGGUAUCGGUCACCUUACCAAUCUGACGCACCUUGGGCUCGGAGAGAAUCUUCUCACGCAUCUUCCUGAGGAAAUUGGUACACUGGAGAAUCUGGAAGAACUGUAUUUGAAUGACAACCCCAAUCUGCACAGCCUUCCCUUUGAGCUGGCUCUUUGCAGCAAACUGUCAAUAAUGAGUAUUGAGAACUGCCCGCUCAGCCACCUUCCACCUCAGAUUGUUGCAGGAGGACCCUCUUUCAUCAUUCAGUUCCUAAAAAUGCAGGGACCAUAUCGUGCCAUGGUCUGAUGCUAAUUGAAUUGUCCAAUACACUGUACAAAAUACAAACUGCAUUAAUGUUGUAAUUGUCUGUAUAUGUAUAUAUAAUAUAAUAUAUGUGGUUUAUAUUAUAUUAUAUAUAUAUAUAAAUAUAUAAAUAAUAUAAAAAGGCAAAUUUAAGACUGCAUUAUGUGUUUCUGCUAAUAGAGGAAUCAUAGCCAUUUAGAUUUUUUUUAUUCUGUAAAAAUGCUUGUCUAAGUUUUCUUUGCUGAACUUGAUGGAAGUUGUCUGAAUAAUCUGAAAUUGCCAGUUCAUUUAAAGCAAUUGCCAAUGAACUCAAAUUUUAAAUUUAAGGGACAAAACCAGUUUUUCUUAGAUUUACUUUCAGUUAAGAGAAAUGUAUAACCUUUAUAUAAUGAACUUUUCUGUUCUCCUCCCCCCCCCUUUUUUUUUGUGUCAAAACCUGAAAGGGUCAUGUGCCCUAAGGUUGGGAUUUUCUUUUAACUUAUUUUGAGAUUUGAAGCAAAUGGUGUUUUUAUAUUGUUUACAGUCAGAGUAAAUCACUGGAUCUUGUUUUAUUCUGAUUUGCUCUGUUUUAAUCAAUCAUAUCUAGAAUUUAUAUGCCUCUGCUGAUGAAUUUUUAUCAACCUGUUUGUAUACUAAAAACAUAUACUCAUCAGAACAACUGGCAGGUGAAAAGGAUGCAGUCAAAACGAAAAGAAAAAAAAAAAAGCUUGAAUUCCUUUAAGUCUUGCUUCCCUGAGUUAUCAGUUGCAGGCAUAACAUAUCUGAACUGAGCCUUUUGCGGUUGGUCUUUUCUAGCACAAAGUAAACCUUUCCAGAUUGGUAAAAACGUCAACUAUUCUCAGUGAAGAGCGGUUUUCGUUGUGUGAAGUAACAAGUCCAUGAGGUCUAACAGUGCAGUUAAGUGACAAGGAAAUAAUAUAUAUGUACAUUUUUAUUACAAUGUUGAGUCGUAAACUACAACAGGCAAUUUUAAGGAUUCCCUAGACCUUGUACAAUAAAUGAAUGUGUCUUACUUUUAAACACUGCAAUAUAUGUAAGUUUUAAGGUUGGUUAACAAUGUACUAUGGUUUUAUAUCUUGACUUGCCUUGUACCUCCUUCCAUUACGGAACUUCUGUGUCCAAGCACAAUAUCUUCACACUGUGCUGUUUUGCUGCUGAACUAAAUGCACUUUUCCCCACAGCUGGGGCACUUGCUUCAAAAUAUUCAGUUCAGUAUCUUGAUUAUUCUUUUUUAACUUCAUCCUAUCUGUUUCAGUAUUAAACCGAUCUAUUAAAAAAGAGG